AUGCCUCAUCUAAUGACACUGCUAUGGGGUUUCUUAAGAAAAAAAAUAGUGUCUUGGGGAACAUCAACUGUGAAGGCUAAGUACAUUCACAUGAGGUGCAUUGAUCAUAUCCUUAACUUGAUUGUUCAAGAUGGCUUGAAGGAGUGUGAUAGUUCUGUUACAAAGGUGAGAGAGGUUGUGAGAUAUGUUAGCAAUUCACCUGCUAUGCUAAAGAAGUUCAGGAACUUGGCUGAUUUGUUAGGAAUUGAGCAAAGGUCUUCUUUGUGUCUAGAUGUUCCAACUAGAUGGAACUCUACUUAUUUGAUGUCAAAAUCUGCUUUGACUUAUCAAAAAGUCUUUGAAUCUUGUGAAGAGUCUGAUAGUUCUUUCAAAUCUAACUUGGGUGAUUCUGUGCCUGAUUUUAUGGACUGGGAUUAUGUGGGCAGUUUGGUGCAACUAUUGAAAUGUUUUUAUGAUAUGACACUAAGGACUUCUAGAUCUUUAUAUGUGACAGCUAACACAUUUUUCAAUGAGAUUUCUGACUUGUAUUGUCUAUUAAAUGGAAUGGUGGAAGCUGACCCCAGGGAUAAAUUAGAGUAUAUGCAUGUUCAAAUUAAUCAUAUGUAUAGUGAGGAGAAAGGGAAAUCAUACUUUGAUAAAGUUCUUACUGGUUUGAAUGAGUUAUUUGAUGAUUAUUCUGCUGGUCAAUCCGUUCCUGCUUCUGGUAGUGCUAGUUCUGUGUUUAUAUCUAUCUAUGUUCAGUUUCCCAUCCUUUCUAAGUUUGCUAGGGAUGUCCUAGUUAUUCCUAUCUCAACUGUUGCCUCUGAAUCUGCCUUUAGUACAUCUGGGAGAGUAUUGGAUACUUUUAGGAGUUCAUUAACUCCAAAAAUUGUGGAAGCUUUGGGGAUUAAACAGCAUAUCAGAAAGAGAGCAGUAGGUGAAGCUGCAGUUUUGAGAAAUGCAGCUUCAGGAGAUCAAAUGAUGGUGGAAGCCUGGGCAGUGUUUCAUUUGAUGGCACUAGUCUGGGCAAUUUUGGUGAGUGGUGGCAGCAAUGAUACCCUGAAAGUUGGGGUUGAGCUGGUUUUGGUGUAUUAG